AGAAGAGAGACAGAGAGAGAGAGAGAUGGAAGCAUGGGUUCGUGUCUUGCUGUUGGUGGCUUUCUUGUUUCCUGCUGCCAUUGUUGAGGGUAGGGUUCGGCAUUACAAGUUCAAUGUGGUGAUGAAGAACACUACUAGGCUUUGUUCAACAAAGCCUAUUGUUACCGUUAACGGGCGUUUCCCAGGGCCAAACCUGUACGCGAGGGAAGACGAUAACGUGCUCAUCAAGGUCGUCAACCACGUCAAGUACAACAUUACAAUUCACUGGCAUGGGGUCCGACAGCUUCGGACGGGUUGGGCCGAUGGACCGGCAUACAUCACACAGUGCCCUAUCCAGCCGGGGCAAAGUUAUACCUACAACUUCACCAUCACAGGCCAAAGAGGCACACUUCUGUGGCAUGCACACAUCCUUUGGCUAAGGGCAACGGUCCACGGCGGCCUGGUCAUCUUGCCGAAGCGAGGUGUUCCUUACCCAUACCCUAAACCCGAUAAGGAAAUGGUUGUCAUACUAGGUGAAUGGUGGAAAUCAGACACCGAAGCAGUGAUCAAUCAGGCCAUGCAGGCCGGUAUGGCACCGAAUGUCUCAGAUGCACACACAAUCAAUGGCCACCCAGGGCCACUAUCUCCUUGCUCUUCACAAGGAGGAGGAUCGUUGAAGCUACAAGUAGAGAGUGGGAAGAAAUACAUGCUACGCAUCAUCAACGCUGCACUCAACGAAGAGCUCUUCUUCAAAGUCGCCGGCCAUAAUCUCACGGUGGUCGAAGUCGAUGCUACCUACACCAAACCCUUCACCAUAGACACUCUACUCAUUACCCCUGGCCAGACCACAAAUGUUCUUCUAACCGCCGAUCGUCGAGCCGGCAAGUAUCUUAUCACCGCCUCUCCUUUCAUGGACUCACCAAUCGCCGUCGACAACAUGACCGCAACCGCCACCGUGCACUAUUCCGGCACUCUAUCUUCUUCCAAAACCACCCUUACCAACCCUCCCCCACAGAAUGCAACCUCAGUUGCCAAUAACUUCAUUAACUCUCUUCGUAGCUUAAACUCCAAAAAAUACCCAGCAAAGGUACCAUUAAAGGUGGAUCAUAAACUUCUCUUCACUGUUGGUUUGGGUGUUAACCCAUGUCCCUCUUGUGUUAAUGGAAGCAGAGUAGUAGCAGCCAUUAACAAUGUCAGCUUUGUUAUGCCAACAUUUGCUCUGCUUCAAGCACAUUACUUCAAUAAAAGUGGAGUCUUCACUACUGAUUUCCCUGGAAACCCACCUAUCACUUUUAAUUACUCAGGUAAUCCACCAGGUACUGCACCUGCAAACAUGGCAACCAUGAAUGGUACAAGACUUUAUAGAUUGCCUUACAAUGCAACUGUUCAGCUUGUACUACAAGAUACAGGGAUUAUAGCACCAGAGAAUCAUCCUAUUCAUCUUCAUGGCUUCAAUUUCUUCCAAAUUGGAAGAGGACUUGGGAAUUUCAAUCCCAAAAAUGAUUCUAAAAAAUUUAAUCUCGUUGAUCCUGUUGAGAGAAAUACAAUUGGAGUACCAUCAGGUGGUUGGACUGCUAUCAGAUUCAUAGCUGAUAAUCCAGGUGUUUGGUUCUUGCAUUGUCAUCUAGAAGUGCACACUACAUGGGGACUUAAAAUGGCAUUUGUUGUCGCCAAUGGUAAAGGUCCGAACGAAUCGCUUAUACCACCUCCAAGUGAUCUUCCAACUUGUUAAAGCUGAGCCGAAGGCUGUCCAUGUUCACUUAAUUUUGAGCUCAUGAUUCUUACUUGGAAUGAAGAACAAACAACAAUGAUCUGGAAAUAGAAAAAGGCAAGAAAAUUUAAUAAAUAGGUGAGGGUUUUGGGUUUGUUUUUGGAGAUAACAAGGGAAGGUGAUGAAGCAGAGUUCAAUAAAAACAGAGCAACACUUUUUUUUUUCCAUAAAUUUCAAAUUUUUUUUUUUUUUUCACCAUUGUAUAUUUGGAUGUCUUUGUGUAAGCACACCUACUAUUAAAGUUCCAAAGGAUCUUUAGAACUACUUAAAAUGUUUGAU